AGUCGUUUGGUUCAAGCCACACCUUUUUUUGCAGGGCAGCGAGCACACGAAGUCCUCUUCGCCGCAGCCCGAUGGUUCGGCCAGGCGUGCUCUCCGCCUGCAUGGGCGCCCUGCCUGGGGUGGUGGGCCAGCUGCCGCCCUUCACCCCUGAGCUCCGCGACAAGCUGUGGAAGCAGGCGGAGGCGGAGGUGAAGAAGAUGAAGUCGUCCGAGUACGUGGGGCAGGGCAAGUACGCGUGCGCCUCCGGCACCUGGGGCGACGGCCCGCAGUGCAACGAGUGGGACGCGGGCUUCUCGCCGUGCUGGCCCAGCGCCAUGACCAUCUCGGCCUCCUGGGACGUGGAGCUGAUGGCCCUGUGGUCCAGGCACAUGGCGAUGGAGUUCGGAGUGCCGAACAGGGGCCACCUGGCGCCCGGCGUGAACCUCGCCCGCUACCCCUGGAACGGCCGGCUGGGGGAGUACAUCUCCGGGGAGGACCCGUAUUUCGGUGCUCGCAUGGUGGAGUCGAUGGUGACGGCGUACAGGGACAUCGACAAGCCGCCCCUGCAGACAGUCAAGCACUUCAUCCCCAACACCAUCGAGGUUGGGCGCAUGGACUUCACGGAGGUCGUGGACGAGAGGACCCUCUUCGAGGUGUACUACCCUGCGUUCCAGGCUGCGGUUGACGCCGGGAUGUCUGCUGUGAUGUGCUCCUACAACCUCGUCCACUGCACAUCGGGCAUGUGCGACACGGGACCAGUCUAUGCCUGCGCGAAUAAUGAUAUUCUGGAGAAGCAUCUCAAGGGGGUGAUGGGCUUCAAGGGCAUCGUGAUCAGCGAUUGGGACGCCACAAAGUGCCAGGCGACCGCCGCAGACACCGACGGGUGCAAGGGAAACUCCUACGUCGACGGGAAGUACGCGGCCAAGGGAGGCCUCGACCUGGAGAUGCCCGGGUGCCAGUCCCUGUCGGGCGGCUUCACCGAUGCGAAGAUGGCUGCGGAGAAGGCCACCAGGACGCGCUGGGCGUACCUGGUGCAGGGCAGGACGUUCGACAAGGCGGAGACGGGGGAGAACAAGGGCUGGUUCUCGGACUCGGAGACGCACGAGGCGGCCGCGACGGCCGAUGCCGCGGGCGACGCCCCCGCAGCGGCCGAGGCCGAUGCCCCCAGCGGAGACCCGAAGGAGCUCCCGAAGGGGCCCUUCUGCUGCUUCUGGCCGACCGACGGCAAGGACGCCUGCACCCAGUGCCAGUCCUUCGAGGCCUCGACGAAGGCGAAGUGCGCGGAGAGCGAGACGAACCUCUGGUGCGUCGGCGGCAAGGCGCACAAGCUGACGGCCAAGCCGGCACCCGACCCCACGAAGACGUCGCCGCGGGAGCCGCCGACCCCCGACGGCGGCAAGCCCGUCAAGAGCGCUGCCCAAGGCGCGAAGAAGAACCUGAAGGGGGAGUUCUGCUGCUUCUGGCCGACGGACUCCGAGGACGUCUGCGGCGGGUGCGGGUCGUUUGACGCUAAGAUCUCGAAGGAGAAGUGCGCGGAGAGCGACACGAACGUCUGGUGCGUGGGCGGCACGGCCACCAAGAUGGCAACAUCGCCCGCCGACCCGCCAUCCACCCCCGACUCGUCGACCACCGCGCCCACCGACGACGACCCUCCAGCCACCCAGCCGGCCAAGAAGGGCUCCGCGGAGGGCGCCGAUGCCAAGUCUGCCGGGGGCUUCUGUUGCUACUGGGCCUCCGAUGACAAGGAC